AUGAAGUUCUAUACUGCCCCGGCGCUUUGCGCCUCUCUUCUGCCGCUCGUUGUAGCGAAGGAUUGCAGGCCUCCCGUGGAGUCCGAGAAGCUCCAAGAGCUCAUCACAGAGGAAGGACUGAUGGCCAAUCUGGAGAAGUUGAACGAAAUUGCCUACGCUAAUGGUGGUAACCGUGCUUUUGGCCGCCCCGGCUACGAGGCCUCAGUCGAGUUCAUUUACGGGGAGGUGUCCAAGCUCAAGGGUUUCAAUUCCUGGAUCCAGGACUUUCCUGCCCUCUUCACAAAUACGACGGCUCAAUCAGUCACGGUCGACGGCGAGACCUACCGAACCGUAGCCCUCACUUACACCCCGAGCACGCCAGAGGAGGGUUUUACAAGGCAAUUGGUCCAUGCUCCUGAAGGUACAGAUGCCUGCUUCGUUGAGAAAUACGAGGGAAUCGACGCCAAGGAUAAGAUCGUCCUGGUUGAGCGUGGACUUUGCGACGAUGGAACAACUUUCGCUGGCAAAGUGAAGCCUGCUGCAGCUGCCGGCGCAGCCGCUGUUAUUCUAUAUAACAAUGGCCCCGCCAAGCUCACGGCCGGAUCGCUCUCUAAUCCCUCACCGGACUAUGUCCCUGCUGCUCUGAUUGACCAGGAGCAAGGACUGGCCCUCAAGGCGCGUCUUGCUGCUGGAGAGUCCGUGGAAGCCCUGGCUGUCAUUGUGCAGCUCAUUGAGGAGCGCAUUACGCAGAACGUUUUCGCCGAGACCAAGUUUGGAGACGGAACCAACUUCGUGCAACUGGGAGCUCAUUUGGACUCGGUUGUUGCCGGCCCAGGAAUCAACGAUGACGGCUCAGGAACCUCCCUGAUCCUUGAAGUUGCCAAGGGCCUGGCCAGCUUUUCUACAAAUCUCAAGGUUCGCUUCAGCUGGUGGGGCGCUGAGGAGAAUGGUCUCUGGGGAUCAAGGUACUACGUGAACAACCUGAACACCACUGAGGUAGACAACCUCCUGGUGUAUCUCAACUUUGACAUGGUCUCUCGUGGAUUCUAUGGUGUAUUCGAUGGAUCCGGUGACAAGGCUGCCCCAGGUGGACCGGCGGGGUCAGAGGUCGUUACAGAUCUCUUCGUCGAGCACUUCACUGGCAAGGGUCUCGAGGUGACGGACGUUGGUCUCACUGGCGGCACUGACUACGUCCCAUUCGUGAACGUCAUCAACAAGCCUGUUGGUGGUUUGUUCACGGGAACGGGCACAGAGCAGGAUGCUUGCUACCACCAGGCUUGUGACAACAUUACGAACCCUGUGCCGGAGACCAUUACCAUCAAUGCGAAGGCAGCAGCUCAUGUGCUCAGUGUGCUGGCCAUCGACGGGGUCGAGCUCAUCCCCAAGGCUCCGUCCAACUCAACCACUACCAUCCGGCGCGUGAGAGAUUCCGCCUUGCUGCAAGGUCAAGGCGUGACGGCCGGGCACGGCAAGGUAUGCGACCAUGAUGAGAUUUAA